UUACACCUGUGAGAUUUAUAGACAUGCCAAGGAGAAGAGGCAGCAGCAGGCCAAGGCCCUGGAGGAGUACAGGGAACAGGAUGAAGAAAAGGCGAAGGACACAAUCCAACCCUUCAAGGAGAAACAUGGCUCUCUAAAGCAGGAUUUAUGUUCCGGAAAAGAGGCAGUUCAGAAAAUCCAUCUCGAACUGGACAAGCCUACGUGUCGACCUUUAGAAAUGAUGUCAGAAGAGCAGAAAGCCCCAGAGGCAGAUGAGGAAGAAAACCUGCAGAGAGAAUGCUACACGAGAGAGGCAAAACCAGCCACAGAGAAGGCCAGCAAUAAUGACAGGCUAAAACGGAAGGGGAGAGACAAUGAAGAACCCACCCAGGGUGCUCAAGGGAGUAGCCAGGACACAUGGAAAUUCAUCCUUGUGGGUAAGGGAGGAGCUGGGAAAAGUGCAACCGGAAACACCCUCCUUGGCAAGAAGGAGUUUGAGUCCAGGCUGGGAGCAAAGCCAGUGACUCAGGCAUGUGCUGAAGGGAGCAUGCGCUGGAACAGGAGGGAGGUUGUGGUGAUCGACACGCCUGACGUUUUCUGCCCAGCGGCCCGUGAUGCGGGAACCUGUCGAGAGCUCAGUCGCUGUAUCGUGCUCUCCGCCCCGGGCCCCCACGCGCUGCUGCUGGUGACCCAGCUGGGCCGUUACACUGCACAGGACAGGGAGGCCGUGAGCCGAGUACGAGAGGUUUUUGGAGCGAGGGCCAUGAAGCACAUGAUCGUUUUGUUCACCCGGAAGGAAGAUUUAGGGGGUAAAGUGCUGCAUGACUAUGUGAAGCAGAAAGAUAACAAAGAUCUGAAGAAACUGAUUGCACGCUGCAGGGACCGCUACUGCGCUUUCGACAACAGAGCCACAGGGGAGGAGCGGGACCAGCAGGUUAUGGAGCUCAUGGGAAUAGCCGAGACGAUAUUGCAGAAGGCUGAUAUCACAUCAACAAGUUGUAUGCCAAGGCGGAUGGUGGCCUGGAGGAAAUGCAAAAAAAAAAAAAUUAAGAGAAACUGAAGUAUGCAAAAAGAACCAAGGGAGAGUGCAUGAGUAGUAAGCACAAGCAGUAAAAGAAGUGACCCAGGUCCAGAGCUUCUGCCUCCCCCAGGCAGUGGAGGAAGAGCCUGUACCACUGAAUGGCACCCAGAACAAGAUGUAAAAUAUUUGUGUCACUGGAAGCAACUCCAGCCAUCACCAGACUGGCCCAACCUACCAUGGUACCAGAAUCUUUUGGAUUUCUCAUUUAGACUCUAUAACUUCCUGAAAUCCCUGUGCAUGGGCCACCCAUCCUACUGCCUGUAAUGUCACCCACACGGCAGCAUCACUGCACCCCAGCAUGGCCUGUCCCCUCUCUCCCCAUCUUGUUCCAUCCCCAAUUUGCUCACGCACAGGAUCCUCUGUCCCCAAAAAACUUGUGUGUUGAGUGCAACUGUCAUUUGAAAACACCAAAAUACAGGUCUACAAAUACCCAGGCCUACUGUUGUGUGUGGGUCUUUGUAUUUUGUUAGCAGCUUGCACAGAGGACAAUAUAGCUAGCUCCUGGUCAGGGAAAAGCAGAAACCACCCCCAUGAGGCCACCACCACCCUUGCAGGACUGUGUGAGGCCUUCCCCCCAAACCUCAGCCCA